AUUUUCUUUCUGAGUACAGUCAAAAAACAUUUUCAUGGUCAUGAAUUCGAUUGGUUGAAAAUCAAUGCAUUUUGAAAGAUAUAAAUAAAUUUUUAAAAAAUUUCUCUCGAUUCAAGUUCAUACACUCGCUGUGCUCUCCUGAUUUCAUUGAACAAGUUUCGUUUUUUUUUCUCACUUUGCCAGCACGUUUCCGCUUGUUUGCGCAUGAGUGUGUUUUUGUGUAUGAAUCUAUCGCCGGAUAGAAAUAUUUCUAUGUGAGAGGAUAGCAUGGAGCAGAGCGCAUAUGUCGAGAAAAGCAAAUACGGGGAAAUAGUAGCACGAAAUAAUCAUUGGAGAAAGUUUCAUAGUACUAUAAUGUAAAAAGCCAAUGCCAUAAAUGUCAGUCAGAUAUCGGAAAGCCAGCGCAUUGGCAAAGAGUGCUUUGACACUGAUGGACAAAUAUUGAAGAAGAAAAUAUUUUUUUUUUCUUGAAAAGAACAAAAAAAGAACACCAAUAUAAUUUCAUCUUUUCAAUUUUGUUUUGGAUAACAGUGGUUCAGUGUCAAAAGUGAAGAGAUAAGUAGACCAGAAGAAUCAAAAUCAGAGAGAAUCAGUAUAUUUAAAAUGAAAUAGUGUGCAUUUGAGCAAAAGUUACGCGCAGAUACGAAAAUUAACUUGAAAACGGCUUCCAGUUUCUAUUUUUUCCGUAUUUCCAAAUAGAACGUAGAAAUCAUAGAAUUUUCCUUUGAAAUAUUUUGAUCAUUCACAUUUUGUUCAAUUUAAUUGUUGAAUAAGUUCAGUGUGAGGUCAAAUAUUGCUGUAGUAUACGAAUCCAAUGGCACUAAAGUAUGGGCCCUAUUGAACACGCUGUUGGCAAACUAUCACGUGUGUUCACAGUAGGAAAUAUAAAACGAAUCUAAAAAUACGACUAAGUUUCUUCCUUGCAAUCGCACCGUUUUAUAUCGACAAUGACUGGUGAAUCCAUCGGAUGUGCACCACGAAAGAAAAGUAAAAAUAAGAAAGAAGACAAAACGAGCAAAAAUGAAAACAACGGCGAUCUAUCAAAAAUUGUACAGCCAUCGAAAACGACUCGCGGUGGUUUGCGUGUAUACAAGAUUGUCAUGCUUGGCGAUGGUGGCGUUGGAAAGUCAGCUGUUACAUUGCAGUUUGUAAGCCACAGCUUUCUGGAUUACCACGAUCCAACCAUUGAGGAUUCGUAUCAACAGCAAGCCGUAAUCGAUGGUGAAGCCGCUCUGCUGGAUAUAUUGGAUACUGCUGGUCAAGUGGAGUUUACAGCGAUGCGUGACCAGUAUAUGCGAUGUGGUGAAGGAUUCAUUAUCUGCUACUCCGUUACGGAUCGUCAUAGUUUCCAGGAAGCAUCUGAAUAUCGAAAGUUGAUUACGAGAGUUCGUCUCACUGAAGACAUUCCUUUGGUACUAAUCGCUAACAAAUUAGACUUGCAAUCACAACGAAAAGUUUCUACUGAAGAAGGCAAACACCUAGCAACUCAAUUUGGUUGCCCAUUUUAUGAGACUUCGGCUGCAUUGCGUCACUACAUCGAUGAUGCGUUCUACACACUAAUCAGAGAGAUUCGCCGCAAAGAGGGUCAACGGCAAUUGAGUAACAGCUCGAGCACAGAGAAAAUUGAUACGAGACGUCGGAGCCGAUGGUGGCGAAUUCGAUCAAUUUUUGCGCUUGUCUUUCGUCGCCGGCGACGAAAUAACUAAAGUCACAGCCAACAAAACGAGGAUAAUAACGAGUAAACGAUACACAGUUUCAACAUCGACACAUACAUAUAUGUCUAGAGUUACAUUGCAUUGCAUGAAGGCUCAUUUACUUUAGACCCACAAGCAAUUCCACAGCAAAAGAGAUACAAACACAGUUCUAAUCGUAGCAUAAUGAUGAGUCACAAAAAAAAAUUGUGUAGAAUUUUCCAAAUUGCAUACAGAAAUGGGAUACAGUACCAAUUUUUAUACGGCAACAAUAAACACAACAAUUCAGAAGAUAACGACACCGAAGCCCACAAUAUGCACUGUGUACAAUGUACAUUUAGAUGCAAAGCAUCAUAAUACAAUUGAAUUAUUUUUUUAUAUGCAAAUGCCGUUGAUGAUGCAUCACACAUCUUCGCCAUACCAAACCAACCAAUACCAAUUUUUGCUUUAUAAACUUUUGUGAUAUUUGUUAUAUUUUAUUAUAAGAAAUAUUGAUACUGUUCAAAGUACCAUCAUUGAGAAAGAGAGCAUUUUUGAUUUGAGUAUGCAUUUUUUUUUUAAAAACGUUUUUAUGCUUUAUUUGAGAAAAAAAAAACAUUAUUUUGAUAUUUUAUAACAGAAUCUCGUUUGUCAGAACAAAAAUUUGCAUUCUUUGUUGACCGAAAAAAGAAAAUGUUGAGAAGCAAAAUUUUUUUUAAUGUAUUUUUCUAAAAUGAAUAUCCCAGGCAAACAAACUAUUACUCAAGUAAAUUUAAUGAAAAAUGAAUAUAUAAAUUACCAAAAGUAGCAAAUAUCAUAUUAGAAAUCAACAAAUCAUAAAGUUAUAUUGUCCUUGUUCAAAUAGAAUGAAUAGUUGUUAAAUGGUUUUCCCGAAGACAAACAAAAAGGAGACAAAUAAAAUGCAAUGGAGCAAAUUCUAUAGCAUCAUAUUCACUUCAAAUGUAUUUGUAAAAGAACGAUUCGUAUUUUUAUAUUGUCCAGGCCAUCCACAUCGAUUUGACAGUUAAAUCGUGAUGCAAACAUUUUCAUUGCACAAACUACAAACGUAAAACGAUUUAUAAAUUGAGUUUUUUUUUAUAUGUUUCUACAUUCCAUUUUUUUAUGAAAUGAUGAAACCAAAAUAGCAAUAGCAAUCGCAUUUUGUUCUAGCUUGAAAUUGGAUCUGACACAUUAAGUAGCCAAAACACAAAUAGUGAACUAUUGCAUUUCACCGAAAAUAGAAAUAAAAAUGUUAGAAUCAAAAGCAAAGAUAUCAAAUAGCAUAGAGAUUAUUGUCAAUAACAAAUAAAUUUAAAAAAAAAAAAGAAGUUAUUUUAUUCAAGUAUCAAGAGUAGUAGAACGUUGUGGAAAUAUUGUUUUUGACCAUUCAUUUGAACAAAAAAUGAAGUUAAAAUAAAAGAAAACAGUAAGAGUAUAUCAGAAUAAUAUUAUAACAAUAAUAAUAAUAUAUAACAAGUCAAAAUUUAUUCAAUCAAAAUUGUUACAAGAAAUAAAACAAUUGAAAACGAUUCA